GAACGUGGACUAUAAAAUGGCCAUGGUUGGCGGCAUGGCGUCGAUUCAAUAUGUCACUCUGGUCCGUGCUCCUUGUCCUAGUGGCCAGCCUGGCCACCCUAAGUUUGGCUGCCGACAGUGACUACUGUAAACUCUGCAAGCAGAACCCGAGGUGCCUGUACAAGGAAAAGACCCCGGGCAAAGCAUGCAAAAACUACAAGGGGCCCAACCUGUCGGCAAGUGACAAACAGCUCAUCGUCCGUUUGCACAACGAGUACCGGAACAAGGUGGCGCUUGGGAAGGAGACGCGGGGCAAGAACGGCCACGCCCAGCCGUCCGCGUCCAAUAUGAGGAAACUGUCUUGGGACAACGAACUGGCAACAAAUGCUCAGCGGGUCGCCGACCAGUGCGUUUUUGAGCACAGCACUUGCACGAACACAAUUGAUGGAACGCCGGCGGGUGAGAAUCUUCUGACAGGUGGAUUUGCUGUCGGACAAACUGGUCCAGAUUGGAAUGCAACAGUCUACGCGUGGUACGAGGAGGUUGACCUGCGUGAUGGUCGUCUUAAUACCAAACCUUUUGUGGCUGACUCUACCUUCGAGGACGUAGGUCAUUACACUCAAAUGUGCUGGGGUGAGACGUACGGCAUCGGCUGUGGCUACUCGAUGUACACAGCCGGGUCAGGCAGCAAGAUCGACACACACCUCGUAGUAUGCCACUACAAGGCUCUAGGCAACAACGAGGGCCAGGCAAUGUACAAGGCUGGCAAACCGGCUACGCAGUGUGCCUCGGGCACGAAAAGAGACUCGGCUUUCCUAGGAUUGUGCGCGUAGGCAUUCGCCUUAUUAGUCUGGUGAUGCUUGACCAUGUAAACCAUAAGAGUCGGUCGCAAUAGGAUGUUCUACUAUGCAUUAAAUCUAUAAGGGCAAAACGUUCCUUCAAAGAGUAA